CAUACUCGGUUGGGUAGCGGCCACGAGUGCCACUCCGGAGUCGGGCUUUGUGCGUUUGCAUUGGUGUCGUUUUGUCCUGAUUGGACUUGCUUUCCACUGACGACCUGGUUUGGUGUCAGAUAGUGUAGCUUCGACAAGCAGGAUGGGUGUGUUCACAGUCCCUGGGGCGGGUAUGUUUACUCUCCCUAAUGAGAUUGGGUCUGUAUUUCCAGUGUUCUACAAAUUGUUGGUAUUAAACCGAGAUAGUAUAGGUGCAUAUAGCUGUAGAUUUAUUCCAGUUUUCUUUCUAUACUUGUUUACAUCUGUAGACUUAGUGAGUGAGCCGUUGAGGUCGGUAACGGUACCCACUGAGGACUACUUCUUUUUGCAAUAGUUCUCCCUCCUAUUUGUUGAAAUCUUUUGCAGAGCCUUCUUCUUCGGCUGCUAUUGCUGCUGAGUCUGAUCGUGGAAAGGGUGUUGCGAGUUAGAGCCCUUCCUGAUGAGUUGCAGAGCUAGAGGAGUACCAGCUACAGAAAAUCUGCAUCCCCCCGGAGAAGAACAUGUUCAAAAAGCACUUAUGCAGAAGCUGUCAGUUUUAACGAGAUUCCACGCGGGUUACUUUCGCAUAAGCCUUUCCCUCUGCGGCCAAGCCCUACUAUGGAAGACCCUCUCCGCCGCCGACCCUCGGGCGCUCCACUUUAUCCUCCACCUCCUCCCCGUCGCCGCCUUCGACGUUCUCUGGUCCUUCGCACUGUCGUCCCUCGUCGUGCUUUGUGCUCUUUACGCAAUUCGCUGCACCUGCCGCUUCGAGUGCUUUAAGGCCGAGCUCGGCCACCACAUCGGCGUCAACUACCUCUUCGCCCCAUGGGCCUCCGCGCUCCUCCUCCUCCAGUGCGCCUCCUCGCCCUUCCUCCGUCCCGAGAGCCCCGCGUACCACGUCCUCUGGUAUUNGUUUGCGGUCCCAAUUCUGGUGCUGGACGUGAAAGUGUACGGGCAGUGGUUUAUAAGGGGCCGGAGGUACUGCCUGUCGGCGGUGGCGAACCCGACGAGCCAGAUGACGGUGAUCGCGAACAUGGCGGCGGCGGCGGCAGCGGCGACGACGGACACGGACUUGAAGGAGAUUGCGACGUGCAUGUUUACGGUGGGCUUGGCCCACUACCUCGUACUUUUCGUGACGCUGUACCAACGCCUCGCGGGGAGCGAGAGCCUCCUCCCGGCACUGCUCCGCCCGGUGUUCUUCUUAUUCUUCGCCGCCCCCGCCACCGCCAGCGUUGCCUGGGCCGCCAUCUCCGGCAGCGGUGGCUUCGACACCGCCGCGAAGAUGCUCUUCUUCCUCUCAUUCUUCCUCUUCCUUUGCCUGGUCUCACGACCGAUGCUAUUUUGGCGAUCAAUGAGGACCUUCAGUCUGGCAUGGUGGGCGUACUCUUUUCCACUGACGGUGCUGGCACUGGCGGCCGAGAAGUACGCACAAGAGGUGAAAGGCGGUGUACCGAACGCAAUAAUGCUCGUCUUGUCCCUCGUCUCUGCCCUCGUCACUGUCGCCCUCAUCCUACUCUCCGCCUUCAAUCCCGCCCUACUCGUCCCCCAACGCGACCCUUUCCUCCCUCAGCCCUCCAUCCCAUCCUAGCUACUUAAAUGUAUUCCGUAAAGUGUCAUAUAUAUAUAUAUAUAUAUCGGAAGAGGCUUGUAGUGCUAUAAACUCUACACAUGUAUAGAAGAGUAGCAUGUUUUAAGUAUAGAGGUGAUGCGGCUAAUUUAGUAUUAGAGUUUAUGAGAAAACACGACUUAACCAAACUGAGCCUAGAUAUCUUUAAACGGCUAAAACUUUCGCUUGAA